CUAUAUAAAGCUAUGCAACCGUUGAGGAACAGACAUUUCAAAAGUAGUGACUAUGAGAGCAGCAGCCAUCUCUACUCCAAGGCUGAACAAAAUGCCAGGAAUAUUCUUUUCCUCUGCUAAUACCAAUGAAUUGAAAGGAUCUGAUCACUUGCUACUAGACGACAAAACUCAGAAAAAGAAGCCAAAAGCUUUUGGAACAGACCUGAAAGCCUAUUUGAAAUCCAUGCUACCACAUUUGGAAUCUGGGAUCAAAUCUUCCAAGUCCAAAGAUAUACUUUCUGUAACAGAAGUAAUACAGUGGUCUCAGUCUCUGGAGAAACUUCUCACCAACCAGACUGGGCUGGCUGUCUUUGGUAACUUUCUGAAGUCAGAGUUCAGUGAAGAGAAUAUUGAGUUUUGGCUGGCUUGUGAAGAUUACAAACGAACAGAGUCUGAUCACUUGCAUUGCAAGGCUGAAAAGAUUUACAAGGCAUUUGUUCAAUCAGAUGCCACGAAACAAAUCAAUAUUGAUUUUCAUACUCGUGAAUCUACAGCUAAGAAGAUUCAAGUUCCGACACCCACAAGUUUUGAUGAAGCCCAGAAAGUUAUAUAUACACUUAUGGAGAGGGACUCCUAUCCCCGGUUCCUUAAAUCAGAAGUUUACUUAAAACUGCUGAGUGAACUUCAGGGGAACAGCCUUAAGUGACUUGAUUCUAGAGGACCUGGGGAAUUGAAAAUGCCAUCAGAUCCAAAGGGAAUGCUCCAGUGUGUCUCCCUGUGUGAACAACAGUAACUUUGCCUUUUAGGGUGACUUGAGUAGAUUAGGGGAAGUACAAGUGACUCAGCAGGAUUAGCAGGCACGUUGCAGAGUUGCUGUCUGAAGAAGAGUAAGCCAGAUGAAAACUCAAAGAUUGAAAGGGGAAGGAGUUACAGCAGCUUCAUCACAAGAUGUAUCACAUCACAUAAGUCCUAAAAAAAAAUCCCUCAAAACAGAAGGCAGGUCAUGCUGUUUACAUAGCAACUGUUAACAAAAGACAUAAAACUAACAGCAAAAGAAAAGGCUACCAGGUCCAAUGGAAACGUAUGCAGUUGGGCAUGAUAGGGCGAAAGAUGCACAAUUCACCAAAUGUUUUUGACUGAUGUUUAAGUCCCAUUGUUAUUACAUAUGAAAGCAUCUGAAUGCCAUUAACCUGGGUGAAUAUUUUAAAACUAUUUAUAUCAUAUUAUCACUACUAUUCUUGAUGGUUUUUAUGUUUAAAAGUAAACUUUAACUAUGUGUUAAACUAUCCCAUUUAGAACAUGAAAAAGCACAUAUUUAUGAUUUAAGUUAUCUGUGUCAAUAAUAAUGUGAACUUCUAUUAAACUGUUUAUGCCACAAA